AUGGCUCGGCCACCCAACCCAAUCGAUCAAUAUCGCCACUAUGUCAGCUUGCUGUACCUCAAUGGCGUCUCGCGAAGCCAGAUCAGAUAUAAGCUGCGGAAACAUUACAAUGUCGCUGUCAACCUUAGCACAAUCUCGCGGCGGGUGGCCAGCUGGGGACUUCCGCGUCAACAAUCACGCACUAUUGAGACUCCAGAGCUCAUGGAAGCUAUUCACGACCUUAUCUUCCGUGUUGGCCUUACCGAGAAGCAGACCUUGAGUGUUCUUCAGAGGCAAGGCUGGCCUAUCACUAAAAGAGGUUUGAAACGCAUCAGACUCCACCGGGACCGUCGCUGGCUACGUCGCAUAAACAGCGACGAGGAACGCCUUGCUUUGUUGGAGAAGACAGAGCAAGUUAUUGUCGAGAUGGCUCAACGAUCUAAUGCCAUUGCAGGAUACGGUCGAAGGUUUCUCCAGUCAUAUCUACGCCAACAACAGCAGCUUUGGGUACCCAGGGAUCCCCUGUUUGAAAUGUACAAAGUCAUGUUCCCAAACGAUGUCGAGAUGCGCCGAAGGAUGAUGCGAAGGAAGAAAGGGCAGUUCCUCGUCCCGGGGCCGAACUACCAGUGGUGCAUUGACGGCCAUGACAAGCUGAAGGCAUACGGUUUCGAGAUAUACGCCGCGAUUGAUGCAUACUCCCGCAAUAUUGUCUGGUUCUACCUUGGCCACUCAGCCAGCACCGCCUUGAGUGUGUUGAAGCAGUAUUUGGCUGCAUGCGACGCUUAUGGCUUGCGCCCAUGGUACUUGCAGGCAGACCGGGGUAGCGAAACGCCACUGGUCGCAGCAGCCCAUUGGAACUUUGCCUUAGCUGCUGGUGGGCGCGUGGAAUGGAAUGGCCAAGUCUUCCAGCAGGGCAAGCGGAUGAAGGAUUCCUACAAGGCGGCACCGAGUACGAAGAACGUCAAGAUCGAGAAGUGGUGGGAGAGCAUGCUUCACGUCUCUUCACGGCAGUGGGUGGACUACUUUGGGGAGCUUGCCAGAGAUGGGGACUUUGACGGCGAUAUGCUCGAGGACCAGAUUGCUAUCUACGCUGUCUUCGAAGAUGUGCUGCGUCAAGAGCUCUUCGAUUUCGUAGAGGCGUGGAAUCUACACAAAAUUCGCCUUCAGAAGAACCGGCCUCAUGUUGUGCACGGCCAACCUUGGAUGAAUUACCAUUACCCUGACCCAAGCAAGGCUUGCAAUUGGGGAAUCCCCAUCGACCGUACAGUUCUAGGCGAGCUGGCACAGCCACUGGCUGGCAUCGACAUCAGCACAUGUCUUGAGCCAGAGACAAAGGAAUGGUGCCGCGACGUUCUUAACGAAAUGGAUUACCAUAAUGUAGUCCUCGGCGAUCACCAGGAGCCUGACAAGUUGCGCCCAUUGAAGCGCUUCUACCUUGCCCUUCGCGACAGGAUCAUUCGGCACAUAGAGAGUGGACAACGGCCUACGCUAGCCUACCGUAGAGCACCGACCGGGGGAGUUGCCGAAUAUGAAGCACUACUUGCACGAGCAAAUCAAGCCCAUCAAGAGGAGCUUGCAGAUAUGGAACCAGCAGAACAGCCGCUUGUUGAACUUGGCGUUGAAGACGAAAAUGGAAAUGACAUUGAGGGAAUAAGUGAUGACGAGGAGGACGCUGGCACCUCUGAUGGGUAG